UAUAAGUUCCAUUGUCCUAAUAAUAAAACUAUGACAUCACUGUGCCAAUUGAAGACGUCACACUCACGUGAGAACGAACCGCCGAAAAGUCCGUUCGCGAAUUCGGGCGAAAAAAAUGACAAAAAAUCGACGAAAAGCGAAGAUUUAUCCGAGGAAGAUGAGAAUGAGGUCCGGGAGCAACACCCGGAAGAGGAGGGAGUGAGAUCGUCUUUCUCAAUCGCUAAAAUCCUCGGAUUCGCGAAGAAAUACGCCACAGAGCGCGAGGGGCGAGAAUUUACAAAAUGGCGGCCGUGCUUCGGGAAACGUCACAAUGGUUCCGAUGACGAAACAAUGAACAAUGAUACUUCACAGUCAAAUAUGAAAAUUAAUUCAUGUUUUCAUAAAAAUGAAGACCUCGAAAAGGGGAAUUCCCCGUGCGGCUGUUUAAACGGUGAUGACGUAACAAACAAACGAUUGUCAGGAAUUUUAGAAAAUGAAGUUUUCAACGCGAAAAAAUUCGGCCAAAAAUCGGAAGAUUUUGAGAACAUGAUUCCAACCAAUGAAGUUAAAACGAAAAGUUUUCCCGACUUUCCGCCAUCUUUGCACCCGGUUGACGGAGGACAUAAAUGGGCGUCGGCCUUAUAUAAUUAUUAUGGCAGUUUAAACCCAACUUGGAAAAUAUGGCAAGACGUAUUCAUUCGCCGUUCCUUGUCUACGUCACAAUUGUCUACGUCACAGCUACCUACGUCACAAUACCCACCUCGUUUCCAUGGAUUCCAUCCCUACGUCAGAAGGGGAAGUCCCCCAGGGUGUUGGGGAAACGAACUCACCGUUAGAAGGGAAAGUCCAAGAAUAUCACAGCCCGGGAUUCCCCUGGAUAACGAAAGACAAUCGAAUAAAACUGGAUUUUCAAAUUUGAUAAAUUUCGCUUUGAGAGAUGGGAGGAAAGAGGAGAAGAGUGAGAGAGGAGAGGAGAAAGAUGAAUUGGAGCAUCCUCUUCCCAUUGUUCAGUCAUUCCCACCUCUUUCUCAUCCUGAGAGCAAAGAUAAUGGGAAUAAUUGUGACGUCACUAGCACCAAAGAUAAAGAAGAAACAAAGGAAGAGGAAUUACGAAAUUUUCCGCCAAACGAGGACCGUCCACUUUCAGUAAAUUCAAAUAAUUCAGCGGAUUCCGCGCAAAAUUCAAACGAUGAAAAAACUUUCAACCGUUCCGCUUCAGCGAGCACUGAUGACGUAAAGCCUGGGUAUUCCCCUCCUACGUCAUUUUCAGAACCGAGGAAAAAGAAAACGCGGACAGUUUUUUCAAGAAGUCAGAUUUUUCAACUGGAGUCGACGUUUGACAUGAAGAGAUAUCUAAGCAGUUCUGAACGCGCGAGUUUGGCGGCGAAUCUCAAUCUAACUGAAACUCAGAUCAAGAUCUGGUUUCAGAACCGACGUAACAAAUGGAAGCGACAAAUAGCGACCGAUGUCGACGGGUUAGGGCUGGGGAUGGCCGCUGCUGUUAUGACGGGGAACCCCCUGUUUAACCAACUUUCCCACCAGAACACAGCGGGAAUUCCCCAACACCGACGACCCUACCCACCCACUAUGACGUAUGCGGGGUUAGACAAUAGACCCGGAAGUCAUUAUAACUCAAUCCCACAUUUUGCAUUAAAUGGUCCUCGGCCCCAUUUCCCAUGGCCCCCUGCCCCGACCCCUAAUAACCCCGCAAGUUACCAAAGGUCAUUGACACCAUUCGCCUAUUACCCGAGAGCAAUGAUGGCGGCCAUGGCAGCAGCAGCGGCAUCUAGCGGCAGCGGGUUAAACACUGCAACAUCAACGAGCGAUAACGAAUUUAAGGGGGAUACCCAGCACGGGUUUUCCAUACUUAAAGACGAUUUACCGACUACAAGUUUUUCAGUGAAACUACAAAAACUAAAUUCCUCCCCGCUUGCCGAGUCACGUGGGCUAUUGGUACGCAAAGAGGGGAAUCCCGUGGUUUGA